GUAAUACGCGGGCGCUUUCACCUGAAACAAAUUAAAACCCCCAUUGAAUAAAUCAUUUAAAAAAGACCGCCGCGCCUUUGUUCACUCACUCGCGGGAAUUUGCCGCGCGACUCCUGCUUAUGAACUGUAAUUGAGAACAACUCGAGCAGAGUUAACCACUUCUUAUUAUGAUAUUUUAUUUGAUCACAUCAAAUAAGACCACGAAAAAGUGAGGCCUUCGCAAAGUUAUGUAAUAUUUAAGAGCGACGAACUUUUAUGAAUGAAUUUUCUGCUAAAGAAAGAAAUCGCGAGUAUUUCUUGUAAGCAAAGAGAGAAAUUACAAUCUGAAAUAAUUUCUGCAUUCUUUACUCGUAGCGUGGACAUAAAGCUUACAAAUACAGCGAGAUAGUUUUUCAACACAAAAUAACAUCUCGUGUGUAAAAGAUGUACACGUAGAAAGAUCUAUAGUGCUACGUUCCUGAGAAGAAACGUAUGUUAUUAAGGCUGAAUCAUAUUCUUAUUAUAUCAUCGAAUAAAAACUAACAAUAAAUUUAUGUUAUUAUACUCGCAUCAACAAUGUAAGAAAUGAGUUUGUGGUUUAUAAACAUUGUAUCAUUAUAACAACAGCCGUCGCAAUAACGGGAAACAAUUGUCAGUUAUCACUUAGAUAUUCUGGAGAAAGCACUUUUACAAGUAACGGAUUUAAUGGCGCAAAUACAGUUUUUUCAGUUGAUAAUAUAAAAUUACUUAUAGUGAAUUUUUGUGACGUACGGACGGAAGUUAUUUUAAAAUGAAUUGGUCCUUUCUGGUGAUAGUUUUAACUUUAUUGACUAUAAUAAGUGCCAUUAAUCGACCAGUCUAUAAAGUUGUUCUUACGCAAAAGGGAUACACUCAGUUUCUACAAUACGACAUAGAGACACCACCACUGAGAGAGUUCACUUUUUGCACAUGGAUCCGCACGUACGACCUCGGGGCUGACCAGAGCAUUUUCACGUAUGUGGCGAAUGGCAACAGUCGAGCUUUAAGACUUUGGCUGGAUUCUGGAGGGAAAUUUUUGACUUUCUCUAUCGAGGGGAAAGUUACAUCAAAGAUCCCAGUGGAUGUGACCAAAGACGUUUGGCGCCAUAUGUGUCUCUCCUACCAAUCGGAUUAUGGUGCUUGGGCAGUUUACAUCGAUGCCAAGCUAUCGUUGUGCGAAAGUACUCGUAAACUUUACGGCUACGUUUUACCAGGAGGUGGAAGUGUUAUUAUUGGCUAUGGAACUACAGAUAAUGGUGAAUCUAGCGGAUUUGAGGGAGAGAUGUUUGGAGCUAACAUGCUGUUGGCAUCAACAGUCGAAAGAAAUAAUUCUAUAAUAUUAGAUCACUAUAACCAACAAUCUUCUCAUAAAAAUAAAAGGAUCAAAGAUAGUGAUAGGACUAUUAACUAUGUUGUUUUUAGUGAUUUACAAACAGACGAAAUUCACAAUAACUUCGAAAAAACAGUAACACCACCUUUUAUGAAUAAAAGUAAAAGUUACAUAAAGAUAAAUACACUUCACAGUUCUGUUAGCCACGAUGUAGGUUUGGAGCACACAACAACGAAAUUUCAACCCUUUGAUUUAUCUAACGAAAACGAAUUUUCAGACUUUCCAUCUCAUGAGAGGGUGGUAUAUACUACUGAAAAGAAUAUGAAUAUUUUUUGGAACACUUUAAAUGAUCCCGGAAAGGAAAACCAUUUUAAAAUUAAUAAAUUCGAAGUACCUAGGAACCAAAUGUCUUUUUCAGGUACGAAAGAUGUAGCUACGAUAUCAGAGUAUGAAACACCACCACCUCCACCUCCAAAGUCAAAAUCAUUCUAUACUAUUACUAAUAAUAACAAUUUUGGUGGAGAUAAUAACAAUUUUAAGAAGUAUUUUAGGAAAAAAGGCUCUGGAAUAUUACCUAACGCAGAAACUCCCCCACCUCCACAAAAAGACAACAAAGUUUACGGGCAAUGGACGAGUUCUAAAUUUGCUGGUAGUGUUUUAAAUUACUUAAAAAGUAUCAAUUUUCAUAACCGAGACAAGAAAGUGACUGGUACAAUACCCUUAUUAAAGACAUCGGACAGUUACCCUUAUGCAUCAGAUUUUAAAGUUACUAAAAUCAAGCCUUCCGUUCAGUUUCAUCGAAGAAACUUUAUUGAUAACAAAAUCAGAAUUCAUAAGCGAGGUGUACCUAAAUUACCAGAGAUAAAUGUACAAAUAAUAGAAGAUGGCUUGAGAGCCGAUAUUCUAAGAAUGCAUGCAAUAACGGAACCAAGGAAUGUUGAAGUUACAAGCCGAGGCGAAUCCCAAAAGCACAUGGAGAACAGAUUUUACAGAAAUGUCGAUGGACAACCUUCUUCAGCUGAAAAUUCGGGUAGUGUGGAAGAUAUAUAUAAGCCAAGACCCAGGCCCUUUUCUACCAUGAUUAAUACAGUAAAGAAAAAUAAAAUGAUGUCUGAUUUAGAAGUAUACAAGAACAAUAAUCUGAUGACGAUUCUGCCUUUCCUCAAAUCAUUGGAAUACUUUGUGGAAGAUCCUCAAAUAGAAAUACAACCAAAAGACAACGUAGAGCGUAGCAGUGACAUGUAUUCAAAAAGUCUAUCAAAUGGAAAUAAAUGGCACAAUAUAAAAUCCUAUAAUAAUGAUUACACUCCGAGGCAUAUUAAUAUUGGCUCUACUGAUGGAAGUAGCGAUAUCGAUAUUAAGAUAGCAGAGGCUAACAAAAAACAUCCAUCUUUAAGGCUGAAAUAUAAACACGAAAAGAGAAAAGACAAACUUACUAAUGAUGACGAGACCAUGAUAAAGGGUAGAGAACUUGCCACGCGAGUUUCUAAUCAAUCUAGUCCAAGCCAAGAAUCCAUAUCCAUCAUAAAAUAUAAUCAUGGCUAUCUUCCAUCACACGCUACAAAGGAUAAAAUGACCGGAAAAUUGAAAAGUGCUACAAAAGUUAAUUCAAAAUAUAACCGGAUUAAUGACAAAGGUAAUUUCAACAAGCAGGUCAAGCUGGGCAAUGCUUUAAAUGAACGGCAAGUUAUUGGUUCUGGUGAAGAGCAAAAAAAGCUUAGUUUUGUAGGGGGGAAUGAAAGGGUACCUGAUAUACAUCGAUACAGGUCUGAUAUUGAUGAUGAAAAUACUAACGUGCCGUCUUCGUUAAAGCCAAAAACUUGCAGAUAUGCAAAAUCUGAAGGUCGGCCACUGUAUAUACAACAAGAUGAAAGUAUCAUUGUUUCACACAUUGAAUCACCAGUAAGAAAAAAAAACAUCGCCACAGAAUUUAUUCGGUUAAAUUAUAACCAAUGCUCCUUGGAGGGUUCAAGUUACGAAAAAAGUUAUUUGCUCUUUAUUGACUGGAGAAAAACCCCAGUGAGACUAUUUGGAGGAGCUCAACCUAAAAGAACAACAGAUCUGUGUGGUUUCUUUUAACAAAAAUGCAAUAUUUUCAGAUUAAAGCUUGAAAAAUAAAUAUUUUUAUUAUUUUUCUAGAUUCACAAUCUGUAUUUUUGUAGUUGCCUUAAUUUAACAGUUUUAGAUUUUUGUAUAGUAAUGUAAUAGGAAAAAAAUAUUUGAUACUGAGAAAUUGACUAUUAGAUAACAAGUUUUAAUGUUAUGUUUAUAAAAUUACUUGGUACUUACACAAAACUUAUCUGUAUGUAUAAAAAAAAUCACCGUAACGUAUGUACGCUCAUAAAUUCCGAACGACUGCAUCAAAUUGGAUAAUUCUUUUUUGUGUUCGUUAUUGUCAGGACAAGAUAUGUAUACUCCAAAGAAAGUAAAAAAAAAACUACCAAAAAAGAAGAUAUGGCAGUACGAAGUUCGCCGGAUUCACUAGUAAUAUUACAUAUGAUAAAGAUAAUUCCGCUGUCAUUAAUGAU